UUUACAGAUUUUGUUGGCAGUUACGUAUUUAAUGACUUCGUCCUAUCUUCUACCUAAGUCCCAUACUCCAUUUUUAUAACUUUCAAAUCUACUUUCCUUCUAUACCUUUAAAACUGCCACUGAAACACACAAAUCUAACCACCGCACAAAAUGCUCCGACUAGGCACGGCCAUCGUCGCCUCCACAUUUGUUGCCCUCAUUUUCUCCUCCACGUUAUGCAAGGUGUCAGCCCAGGCGCCCUCACCUGUUCCUUUUCCAGGCUUCAAGCCACCGCCUUCAGCACCAACACCUCUCACUCCUCUAGCGCCUACGCCUUUAGGGCCUUCUGCACCAACACUCGAUUGCAUGAAGCCGCUGCUUAACAUGUCAGAUUGCUUGAGUUAUGUACAGGAAUCAAGUAACACGACGGUGCCGGACAAGAAUUGCUGCCCGGAGCUGGCCGGAUUGAUCGAGGGAAGCCCUAUCUGCUUGUGUCAGUUGCUGAGUAACACUAGCUUGGCAGAGUCUUAUGGUAUUAAGAUCGAUAUCAAUAGAGCUCUUAAACUUCCUUCUGUCUGUCGUAUUAGCACUCCUCCGGUUAGCACGUGCGCAGCCUUGGGAUACCCAGUUCCAGGUCCAAUAUCAGGCCCAGCGCCAAGCGAAGUGAAUAUUGCGCCAGGGCCGUCCUCAGCAAAUGAUUGCAUGACGCCGCUGUUAAACAUGUCGGAUUGCUUGAGUUACGUAGCGGAAUCGAGUAACGCGACGGUGCCAGACAAGAAUUGCUGCCCGGAGCUAGCUGGAUUGAUCGAGGGAAGCCCUGUCUGUUUGUGUCAGCUGCUAAGUAAUACUAGCUUGACAGAGUCUUAUGGUAUUAAGAUCGACAUCAGUAGAGCUCUUAAGCUUCCGUCUGUCUGUCGUAUUAGCACUCCUCCGGUUAGCACGUGCGCAGAUUUGGGAUACCCAGUGCCAGGUCCAAUAUCAGGCCCAUCCCCAAGCAUCUCACCAGGUGAUAAAACGCCGUCAGGUUUAGAUAGCAGUCCAUCAGCCGGAGAAAAUGGCAGUGGAGCUUCAAACAUUGCAGGCUCUGCCCAAGCAUUUAUUAUUGGCUUAGCAUUUUCAUUUCUUCCAACAAUAUUCUGAGUUAGGAAUUUUCAUGGUAUUUGUGAGAUUUUCAGAAUUGUUGCAGUUUGAUCUCCAUUAUUUAAAUGUUGUAAGCAGAUAUAUACGGUAUUUAUGGUGGCACCAAUAAUUUAAAUAUAUGUUGGAGUUGUUCAA